AUGGAUUCUCAGGUCAUGCUGGGUAUUGCUCUUUCAUCCCUGGGUGGCUUCAGCACUUCCAUCGGUGCACUAUUUGUAAUCAUGAGUCAAGCUCCAAGUUUGAAGAUGCUUGGGUUGUUACAGGGUUUUGCUGCUGGUUUGAUGCUGAGUAUAUCAUUCUUUGAUCUGGCUCAUAAUGCUUUGAACUCACUUGGCUUCCUUAGAGGCAACCUUUGGUUUUUUGCUGGUGUCGUAUUCUUUGCUGUUGUUGCUAAUUUUAUACCAGAACCAACAGUUGCUCCCAUUUCAGAUGAGAAGAGUAGAAAGGAAGUUGAGGACGAAGGAAACAAGGACUUUAUGAAAAAGCGUCGCCGCCAAGUUUUAUCCAGUGCAAUUAUUACAGCCAUAGGUAUAAGUUUACAUAAUUUUCCAGAAGGAGUCGCAGUGUUCCUUACAUCCAGGAAGGGCCUUCGUGUUGGUCUUAACCUUGCACUGGCCAUUUCUCUGCACAAUAUCCCAGAGGGUAUUGCUGUUGCACUUCCUGUUUAUUUUGCGACACAAAGUAAAUGGCAGGCAUUCAAAUUGGCAUCACUUUCUGGCUUUGCUGGGCUCAUGGGUGUUAUAGUUAUAGCCUGUCUAUUCCCAAGCAGCUUAAAUCCUGAGAUUCUUGAGGGUAUACUUGGAUCAGUUGGUGGAGUUAUGGCCUUUCUAACCCUUCAUGAAAUGCUGCCAUUGGCUUUUGAAUAUGCGGGACAGAAGCAAUCUGUUAGGGCCGUCUUUUGUGGGAUGGCUUUCAUGUCUGCAAGCCUGUAUUUGCUACGUAUCUGCUUACCAGAGUAA